AUUACUCUUCCCCUUUUUCGCUCCGAGGCAACACCCGCUCAUCAAGCGCCGCCUCUUCUUCCGCCAGACGCCUUUCUUCUUCCUCGUGCGACGCCGGCCAUCCCAAUCGCGGGCAGCCUCCUCCACCAGCCGUCCUACCUCCCGACGGAAGCCCUCUCCUCUUCUCUUUUUUCUUACCGUACCGUCGCAGUCGUCGUCGCCGCUCGAAAGAGGAGGACAGCGGCUGCUGACCUCCCCUUCCCUCUCCUUCUCCCUCCCAAUCUCCUUUCCUAUUCACGCCCGUUCAUCCACGCGCACACGGCACCUUCUUCUCUUUUCUUCUUCUUCUUCUAAAUCAGUAUAUCGAGGGUUUCCUCCACUCCGUAGCAGCGCAUCUUCGUCCCUUCGUGUACGGUGAGUGUUGCAAUGGUUCGUUUGGAUUUGAUGCAAUGACAUUCAAUGGUUCAGAGGUCCAUACCAGGCUUCAGCAUCUCCUUGUUCAACUCCAAAUUGAGGCUGGAGUCCUUGAUCGAAUUGUCUACAGGAACAAGAACCAACAUCGACAUGGCUCUUACUUUCAAUAUCUCUUAAAGGUGAGAAGAGACUUGAAUCUUCUUCAUUCUACUGAGUUAGGGCGAAUACUGAAAAUGCUCUUUCCCAUUAUUGAUGGAAAAAAACCUGCUCGAAUGGCGAUUGUCCCCACACGUUUAAAGUCAAACGACAUUGGCUCAAAUCACAAUUUGAAAAAUCGCCUAUUAGGUUGUGCACGUUUAUUAUCUCAGAUGACAGAACCAAUACUCAAGGCAGCAAUUCAGAUAUCCUUAUUGCUUGCUAAAUCAUUUUUCUCGGGAUUUUGUAUCACUGUAAUGGCUUUGCUUGCGCGUCUCAGGGUUCUUGUUCAGCAGAUGCUACAAGACGUGGUUAUGGUUUUCAACAAGGUUUCAUUUCUUACUACUGAAAAGCAAUCUAUAAAACUAUCUCAAGAUGGCGUAGAGGUUUACAGGGAAUUCCACCGUUCAGUACAUAAGAGGAUUGUUUUGGAAUGUGUUUGGAAAGGAGAUAAAUAUUUCUUGCUUGAGAGGACAGAAAAUAAGGAGGAUGAAACCAGAGAAGAAGAUAUACAAGCUACUCCAUCCUCCACUACAACUAUUCAUUACAGAACAUUAGAACUCUUUGAUGAAGAGGAAGAAACCUCAUGUCCACCGACAGAUGCAACUAAUUCGUCCCAAGCCCAAGUGGAUAAAUUUCCUGCAACUACUGAGGCAGCAACAGGGAAUGUGCCUGUGGAACCCCAAACUCAAUCGAGAAGGAAGGUGGCCUUUGUUUCAGUGAAAAGACCCGCUGCUGCUUCUAACACAAACGAACCUGUCAAAAUUCCAAAACUGGACUUGGUUUCAAACAAUUCCCUAGAAACUGACGAUCCAUUUUUAGAUCUACUAUUUUCUGGAAUAAACAGCGCUUGUGCUACAAACAAGUAAUCGUAUACCUUUGGUUGGACUACAAUUUGGGGCUUAAUGAAAGAGGGGAAAUGGAAGAAGCAACAAAUAUAUAUCUAAGUUUAUUUGUCUCUCCUUUA